UUUGGAACGGCCAUGUUUCGCGCCAGUGUAGCGCGUCUCUACGCGGCUUCCAAACCACCUUCAUCAACGAAUGGGCGGACCAAGAAGCCACAUGUGCACAACCCUCUCUAUAGAAAACAAGUCUCUCUGGCUCUCGCAAGAUCACAACCGCUUGCUGUUCGACUGCGUCGUGCCCAACGACAUGCUCAGCAAAUUGGCCUUCCUCCCUCUACCGAUAAAAAACCCUCACAAAGACUCGAGCUGAACGAGUUCUUACGCCAGCGUGAUGAGCAACCGCUCAAACAAAUUCGCAUUCCUCGAAUAAGAGGCAUGACUGUUGCCUACCAUGAAGGAAAACCUUAUACGGUUGCCGUCGAGGGCAAAAAAGUCUACCUUCCUAAUAUCGUCAUCAGGCUCGUUCGAAACCACACGCCUCCCAACGAACCCUAUAACCCAUGGCAAGCGACCUUCCGUGUUCCUAAAAACCUUACGAAAACCGACAUUCGGAGCUACCUCAUGGCGGUUUAUGGCGUUCAGACAACUUACAUCCGGACGGACAACUAUCGCGCAGAGCUUACCCACCGACCAGAAAACCGCAAUGUGAAUAAUCAUUCCAAGCCCAGUAUCGCCUCAUACAAACGCGCCAUUGUUGGCCUGGUGGAACCAUUCUACUAUCCCCUCCGCCUAGAAGACAUGGUGCCAGACCGACGAGAGCAAAGGGAAACAGAGAUUGAAGAAAAGUUGCAGAUCAAGGUGUUCCAAGAGCUGGAGAUGGUCAAUAACCAAAACCGCCGGCUGGCCACCGCUAUGCCGAAGCACAAGCCUUCCUCUUUUUGGACUACAGAAGUAAAACUCACGCGGGCCAAGGAGUUGAAACAGAAUGCAGACGAAAGGAUAAGGACAGAGACGUUGAUUGCACAACAAGUGGAGAAAUGGCGGCAGAAACGGGCAGCGGGGGAGAAGAUAGUAUUAAACGUGCCAAAGGUUGGCAAGAGUGAAGUACCGACUGUCGUCGAAUAG